UGUGAGUGUGUGUGUUUGCGUGUUUUCCUGGAAGCCGAGCGCCAUCUUAGAUCAACAUGGAGGGGGGUUUAAACGGGAAAACACAAGGAGAAAACUAUUCUUCCGGCUAAUAACUGUUUCGUCAAAAAAAAUGAUUUACUUAAAUUUGUGAUAUUAUAUAUCUCUCUAUAUAUAUUUUUUUAAUUAAAAAGGGACACAAGCCAGCUGGAGUGAUUUCUUUUUAAUUUUUUUUGUAAACCUGUUUUGUUUAUGUGUUAGCAAAGCUAGCUAACGUUCACUUCCAGUCGGAUAUGGCGUCUUCCAAUCCAGACAUGCCCGACGUGUCUCCUCUGGGGAUGUCCGUGGCAGCUGGAUCUCACGCCAGCGCCGGAGCCGUUGUGCCGAAGGGCAGUAACAAACGAGCUGCCAGCUCCGACUUUGAUGAUGAUGACGGAGGGAAGCUCUUCAGGUGUGACGAUGACUCGGGCAACUCGAACGACAAGGAGCGAUUCGCAAGGGAGAAUCACAGUGAGAUCGAGCGACGCAGGCGCAACAAGAUGACCGCCUACAUCACGGAGCUGUCGGAGAUGGUGCCCACGUGCAACGCGUUGGCACGGAAACCGGACAAGCUCACCAUUCUGCGCAUGGCUGUGUCUCAUAUGAAGACUCUGAAGGGCAGCGGCAACACGAGCACAGACGGCACAUACAAGCCAUCGUUCCUCACUGAUCAGGAGUUGAAGCACCUGAUACUGGAGGCAGCGGACGGGUUCCUGUUCGUGGUGUCGUGCGAAAGUGGGCGUGUGGUUUACGUCUCUGACUCCGUCACGCCGGUGCUGAACCAGGCUCAGUCCGAUUGGCUCGGCACGUCUGUGUAUGAUCAGCUCCACCCCGAUGACAAGGACAAACUGAGGGAACAGCUGUCCACUUCUGAGAACAACAACAACAACAGCGGCCGCAUGCUGGAUCUGAAGACGGGCACAGUGAAGAAGGAGGGAAGCCAGACAUCUGUGCGAAUGAGCAUGGGGGCGCGUCGCUCCUUCAUCUGCAGGAUGAGGUGUGGUUCAUGUCCUGUGGAGCCCAUAUCCAUGGACAGACUCAGCAUUCUGAAGAGCAGAAACAGGAGCGGGUUGGGUCCUGUUAAAGAAGGAGAGCCUCAGUACGUGGUGGUGCAUUGCACGGGCUACAUCCGAUCCUGGCCUCCUGCAGGCGUUUCUCUGUCUGAAGACGAGUGCGAGAGCGGACAGGGCAACCGCUACUGUCUAGUCGCCAUUGGAAGGCUGCAGGUGACAUGUUGCCCCAGCGACACCAGCAUGACCACCAUCACGGUGCCGGUGGAGUUCAUCUCUCGGCACAACUGCCAGGGGACGUUCACGUUUGUGGAUCAUCGCUGCGUGGCUACGGUGGGCUACCAGCCUCAGGAACUUCUGGGAAAGAACUUUCUAGAAUUGGCUCAUCCUGAGGACCAGGGACUCCUGAGGGACAGCCUCCAGCAGGUGGUAAAGCUCCGGGGUCAGGUCAUGUCCGUGAUGUUUCGCUUCUGCACCAAAUCGGGCGAGUGGAUCCUGAUGCGGACGAGCUCGUUCACCUUCCAGAAUCCGUUCUCGGAGGAGAUCGAGUACAUCAUCUGCACCAACACUAACGUCAAUAAAGCUCCGAAUCAGGACGCUCUCCCCCCCAUGUCCUCCCCCAGAGGGGUGUUAUCCCCCUCUCUGGGGCAGAACAGCCCCAGCCGCCCCCCAGCCUCCAGCCCAGGGCAGAUCAAACACGCCAGGCAGCUCCAGCAGCAGCAGCAAGCUGAAUUGGACGGAGGAGGAGGGAGAGAGGAAAUCUAUGAGGCAGGACAGGUGGCUCUGCCUCAGGUUCCAGUGCAGCCAGUAGGACUAGAUCCUAAUCAUUCUAAGGUUCUGUCCUCCGCUGCACCCCCUACUGGACAGCAGGUUUAUACUCCUUCUGCCUCGUUCAGCGCUAACACGCGCACCGAGUCCUUCAGGCAAGUGCCUUCGGCAACCCAGAUGUUGUCACACAUGUCACGUCAGAGCGCCCCCUCUGGUCUACCUGUGAACAGCAGCAGCCCUGUUCAGAAUCAGAGUGCAAACCCUGUGCCCCCUGCAGCCUGGGCACAACCACGUGCUCCCUUCAGUGCACAGGCAGGGAAGAGUCAGUCACCCCAAUUUCCCAUGGGAAAUUUUAGCUCUGCCCCUUCCUCGUCAGCAUCCUCCUCUUUUGGACAAAUGGGUGGCGCUUCAGCUAACAUUGCAGCCAACACGACUAAUUACUCACAGAUGAACGCUCGCAACCAUCAGUCCACAAACGGAUAUGGUGACAUGAGCCAGUCGGGGCCGCAGUUCUCCUCUAGACCAUCAGAGGCAGCAGCAGCGUGGCAGCAGUGGCAAAAUCAACCACACACACAAAAUACAGUGGACACGCAUCCUCAUAUACAGAACAGCCAACCAGAGAUGUUUACCGAUGUUCUGUCCAUGCUGGAUACGUCUGCCAACUUCAGCAACGAAGACUUUACCGAAAUGCCCAUGUUUCCUCCAUUUCCUGAGUGAUCCCUGUCAUUUUCUUUUAGCCUUUUUCUUUUCUUUCUUUGUCUCUUUCUUCUUCUUAUCUAGUUUAUCAAGAAACAAAACGAGGGGAGAUUUGUUGAUUGAUUUUUUCGGGGGGGUGUAAAUUAAUGUCUCGUAUAGAGUCUUCCUCCACGGAGGAAGCGGCUGUGUUCUAAUAACCACGCACAAGUGCACAAAGUGAGCACAAUCAGUCCAACACACUGAGUUAGGUUUAUCCUCUUGCGCCCCCAGAAACACGCGCACGCACACACACACUCGCCCAAACUUGGAGACAUUUGCAGUUUUACCCCAAACACGAGGACUGUGUCGAUGUUCAGUUUUAUAUUCAGUAGCGAGAAUUGUUUAUAUUUUACAAUAUUAUCACAGUAUAAUAGAUAUAUUUUUUUAAAAACGGGUGGUUCUUAUCACGCCUUCCAAAUCUGACUACCUUUAUUGCACUGCCUAAAAAUGCUACCUAUGUAAGAUGCCUUCUCCCGAGCAGAGCACAGAGGUAGUGACGAUAUUUUACCAACAGAACACUGCGAUUGUUGUACCGCUGAUUAUGGACACGUGCCUAUGUAAAUUCACACAGUCACUGUUACCAUUUCCAUGGAAACCAUCGUUCAUUUUCUUCUGAAAGCAAUUAUUAUUAAUAUGAUUAUUCACAUUAUCACUAUGAAAAUGUGUCGUAAUUAGACUUAAAGGCACACAGACUUUCCUGGACUUUUCUUUUAUUCACUUUGUUUAUCAAGUGACUUGAUAAGUAGCUAAAAGAAUUUGGCAUGUAUCUGGUUAUGGUCUAAAAUGCAUAUGCAAAUUAGCGACCGCUCUAGUAUUUAUUUAUUUAAUGUUAAUUUCCUAAAUGACAAAUCUCCUCAUCCUGAUUUGCAUAUGCAAAUUAGCUACGCCUGCGUCAGCUGCAACUGUGGUGCUCUGUUAUUCAGUUUUCUUGCUCUCCUUCUUUCUGACAAUCACUUUUGUUCAAUUUUGUUUUCUAGUGAAUUGCAUUUUAAUUUAAUUCUGGGGGUGAUUUCAAUUUAUUAAAAAUAAGACCGUAAAAAAAAGAAAGAUUGUGUACGAUCUAAAAUAAUGAUUUUUUUUUUUUCCUUUUUAACCCGAUACUUCAGAUGAAAGCUUGGUAUUAAUAGUUUGCAGUAGUUAUUAGUAGUUUUAAAAAAAAAAAAAAAAUUUUAGUCAAAUGCAUUCAUCAUAUAAUGUCCAUGUGCAUGUCUGGGGAAGUGCCCUGAAUAUAAUUUAAAUAUGAAAGAUCGCAAAUAUUGAACUUUUUAAUUAUUUUUCCUCAACUAACUACCUAGAGUGUUAACCUGUGAUGCUCAAAUAAUUCCCGAUAUUUCUUUUUCUUUUUUUUUUUCCUCGUUAAAGACAUUUGCAUUUACAAUAGUAAUUAAAAAAAAGUCUACACACCCCUGUUAAAAUAGCAGGAUUUUAUGCUGUAAGAUGAUAAAUCCACCUAUACAAUGCCACUGAAAACUAAAGUGACACAUAUCAGAGAGAAAAAUACAAAUAAAAAAACUUAAUCUUAUUGCAUAAGUGUGCACACUCUUUUAUAACUGGGAUAUAAAAUCAACCAAUCGUCAAGCUCGUGUGAAAUAGUAGUACACACGCAUUUCUUCAACAGAUGUGACUCCGAUGAACACUAAAUAAAUCUCAGCUGUUCUUUUAGGAUUUUUCUGACGUCUUGGUUGCAUCCUAGUUGCAAAAUCCACGCCACAAGAGCCCACGAGGGCUACAAAACAACGUCCAAGGCAUUGGAUAUACCAUAGAACACAGUGAAGACACGGUCAUCAACAAGUGGAGAAAAUGUGACAAAAGAAGACGGCGAGAAAACUUUGUCAGGGAGGCUAUCAAGAGGCCUACAGAAGAUUUCUGGCAAGUAGUGGUUGCUUCCUACAUGUGACAACCAUCUCCCGUAUUCUUCAUGUGUCUGGGCUAUGGGCCAGGGUUGCAAGACACGUAUAUCCAGUCUCCCAAAAGCAUCGGGGAAAAACGUGUUAUGGUCUGAUGAGACGAAGAUCGAGCUUAAUUGGCCGUAAUUGUAAAAAGGUAUGUUUGGCACAGAAACAGCAGGAAACAUCAGCAAAAGAACACCAUCCUCACAGUGAAGCACGGUGGUGGCGGUAUGCUUUGGGACUGCUUUUCUUCUGCUGGAAAUAGGGUUUUAGUAAAAGCUGGAGGGAAUCACAAAUGGCCCGGCCAAAGCCAAGACCUAAAUCCUAUAGAAACAUCUGAAGAGGUUCGUGCACAGGAGAUUUGGCACAUCGGGAAUUUUUUUUUUGCAAAGAAGAGUGAGGAAAAUAUUCCUGAGUCAAGAUGUGCCAAGCUUAUAGACUCUUAUCCAAACAGACUGAGUGGUGUAAUAAAAUCCAAGGGUGCUUCAACUAAGUAUUAGUUCAGGGGUGUGCACACUUACACAAUUAGUUUUGUUUUUCAAUAGCUUUUUACAGUUUGUCAUUAUUUUCUUUACAUCGAAGGUCAAAAUGUUCUAAUAUGAUUUUACAUCGCAAAAACCUGCCAUUUUAACAAGGGUGUGUAGACUUUUUAGAUCCACUCUACCUACCUACAGUCUAAUCUGUGAUGCUCAAAUAAUUUCCAAUAUUUUUUUUUUUUUUUUUUUUAACCCCCACUUGUCAAAGACGUUUGUAGGCAUUUCUUAUGUUCCUUCUCUGUUUCUACGAUCCAAAGACUCCCGUGUUUUGCAGUUGUUUUAAAACCGAUUCCUUUUUUUUUUGCCAUUUUUAAAUGGGUUACUCAUGUUUCAGGGCGUGUCUCACUUAUGCUCUAAUUUGCAUAUGCAAAUUAGCCAGGCGGGACAUGACGAGGGUGAUUUUUAUUCUUGUUUGUUUGUUUGUUUUAAAGCAUUACUGCAGCCGUGAAAAUGCAGUUUAUAUAAAUGACACAAAUCUAAAAAAUAUAUAUAUAUGUAUAUGAAAAUGUUGAGAACUUGUUUGGAACUCUUUUUGUAUUAAAUUGUUAUAUUGUCCAAAAGCAA